UUUUCUCUCUCUUCCAGAAUUUUCCGUGCUGCUAGAAAAACCUCCGCAAAGAAAAAAAUUCGUUUACAAACUUCGUAAUUAGGGGGAAAAAAGCUGAAAUUUCAACUGCGAGAAAGGAGCGUAGAAAUCGCAAACCCUAGGAAUUGCGCGGGCGUUGUGCUAUGGGUUUGCCGAUCAAACAUUGAUGAUUUUUCAAUUAUCUGAUCGCAUUGAUUUUUGAAGCUCGUUUUCGUGGUGUUUUUUUCGACUGUGAAGGGAGGACAUGUCAUUCUUGAAAGGAUUUUGGUGAUAUAUUUUCUAAUUGGUCGUACUACUCUUGCUGGUUGAAUUAGCAUAGAUAUCAUUCAACUGUCUCCUAUCCUUUCACCCGCUGUGUUCUAACAUCAUGGUCGCCACUGCUGCAACUUCUGCAUUUCUCCCAAUACCUUCCCCGGCUUCAGAUGCUGUUGGAAAAACAUCAGGACAUGCUGUUGGGGGUGUCCCUGCAAGUAUUGAUGCUCGUGCCACCAAUGCUAAGUCGAAAUCCAUAUCGUCAGGAAGAUUGCAGGUUAAGGCUAAUGCACAAGCCCCUCCCAAGAUCAAUGGAACUAAGGUUGGGUCUAUGGAGUCUCUGAGGACUGAGGACAUGUCACCUCCACCGAGGACGUUCAUCAACCAAUUGCCUGACUGGAGCAUGCUUCUUGCUGCCAUUACUACUAUAUUUUUGGCAGCAGAAAAGCAAUGGAUGAUGCUUGAUUGGAAGCCAAAACGGGCAGAUAUGCUUGUUGAUCCUUUUGGGUUGGGGCAGAUUGUACAAGAUGGUUUUGUGUUUCGUCAAAACUUCAGUAUUAGGUCUUAUGAAAUAGGGGCAGAUAGGACUGCUUCGGUAGAAACACUGAUGAAUCAUUUGCAGGAAACAGCUCUAAAUCAUGUAAAGAAUGUUGGGCUGCUGGCUGAUGGCUUUGGUUCAACACCCGAGAUGUGCAAACGGAAUUUAAUUUGGGUGGUUACCAAAAUGCAGGUUGCUUUCGAUCGCUAUCCUACAUGGGGUGAUGUUGUUCAAGUAGAUACCUGGGUAGCUGCAUCGGGGAAGAAUGGUAUGCGUCGAGAUUGGCUUGUGCGUGAUAGUAACACGGGAGAGAUAUUAACUAGAGCUACAAGUCUAUGGGUUAUGAUGAAUAAAGAGACACGGAGGCUGUCCAAAAUUCCGGAUGAGGUCCGAGGAGAAAUAGGUAGUUAUUUUGUAGAUUCUCCUCCAUUAGUGGAUGACGAUAGCAGGAAGUUACCGAAGCUUGAUGAAAAUACUGCAGAGCACAUUCGUACUGGUUUGACUCCUAGAUGGAGUGAUUUAGAUGUAAAUCAACAUGUGAAUAAUGUAAAAUAUGUUGGUUGGAUACUUGAGAGUGCUCCGCUGGAAAUAUUGGAGACACAUGAGCUUGCUGGUAUGACACUAGAAUACAGGAGGGAGUGCAUGAGGGACAGUGUGCUGCAGUCCCUCACUUCAAUUGUUGACAAGGGUAGUGGCGACACGACUCACCCUGGCAUUGUUGAGUACCAGCAUUUGCUUCGAUUGGAGGGCGGAGGGGAAAUUGUGAAGGGACGGACCAAGUGGAGGCCGAAGUUUGUUGACAAGAUUGGAAGCUUUGGGCAGAUCCCACACGAAAGCGCUUAACGCCUGUGCGCCAUGACGCUUUGGCAUCACGCCGUUUCUUACUGUCUUAGUUAUACUACUUGCCUCUCUCCCAUUUCUUCGCUCUUACUCCCAAUGUAAUAUCCAUUCUAAUUUAUGCUUUUCUUUUAUUUCUUCUUUUUUGGGUUAAUUUUUGUUAUUUUUUCAUUCCUUUUUACGAAAAUAUAAUCGGUUUCAAGCCAUUGUAAGUACCUCUCCUUUUUGAAUGCUGGCUUCUGUGGUCC